GUUGGGAAAAAUAAUUUGUUCGGAUUUUCAACAGUUUUCGUACCGCUGAAGCAUUGAACCCACAAAGCAAAGCACCAUAGAUUCUCUAUUGAAUCAAGCACUCCAACGCUUUCGAUCAACUAAUUUUUUUAUCGCCCCCAACAUCACAUCGAUUUUAAUCAGUUGGAAGCAAUCGAAUCAAUUUCGGUGAAUCAGCAGCGCAUGGAUGAUCAGGUGGUGCGGCGUGUAUUCCAAGAAGGUGGUCGUGAUUUCUAUCAACAGCAGCCUUCCACUUCUUCUUCAUCAUCAUCCAUUCUCCAGUCCCUCCCUCUACACGUGUCAUUUGAUCAUGGGUACUACUUGUUGGUGAGAUCUAUUCAAGAACUGAGGUCAAAGAAAGAUGGAUUAGUGACUGUGGGAAUUGGUGGUCCAAUUGGAUCAGGAAAAUCAAGUUUGGCUGAAAAGGUAGCAUCUGUAAUUGGUUGCACUGUUAUCUCUAUGGAGAACUAUCGCACAGGGGUUGAUGAUGGCAAUGAUUUAGAUUCUAUUGAUUUUGAACUCCUUGUCCGGAAUCUCGAGGACUUGGUAAAUGGCCGUGAUACAUUGAUCCCAAUAUUUGAUUUUCAAGGAAGAAGACAAGUUGGAUCAAAUACCAUAAAAAGUAUUUCAUCUGGUGUGAUUAUAGUAGAUGGCACUUAUGCCCUUCAUGCAAGACUACGCUCUUUGCUAGAUAUACGUGUUGCUGUGGUUGGUGGUGUUCAUUUUAGUUUGCUUUCCAAAGUUCAAUAUGAUAUUGGUGAGUCUUGUUCGCUGGAUUACCUCAUCGACAGCAUUUUUCCUCUCUUCACUAAGCAUAUUGAGCCAGACCUCCAUCAUGCACAGAUCAGAAUUAACAACAGUUUUGUUUCGUCAUUUAGAGAGCCAAUUUACAAGCUUAAAUGUAAAAGUGAGCUUGGAAACCGGAAUUCAUUGUUGCAACAGUCUCGAUAUGAUGCCCUCAUUUUUCAAGGAAAGGAAGCACAAGUUGACAAUUGUAUCGAGAUGUACUUGAGACCACCUCGUGCAAGUGAAGAAGCAAGAAUAAAUGAUUGGAUCAAGGUACGGCAGUCUGGUAUUAAGUAUUAUCUGUCCCUGGGUGAUCAGAGGAUUGUUGAUAAGAAUUACAUCAUCCGGCCAAGAGCUGAAUUUGAGGUUGGGCGGAUGACACUGGGAGGUUUGCUGGCUUUGGGAUAUACAGUGGUAGUGAGUUAUAAAAGGGCAUCAACUUCGGCUGUUGAUGGUAAUCUUUCAGUUUCAAUGGAAACAAUUGACACUUUAGGAGAGACCUAUAUGGUUCUCAGGGGCACAAGUAGAAAGAUAGUUGGGAUGGAAUCAUCAAGGAUAGGUAUAACUGGACCUUGGAUCACUAAAUCAUAUCUCGAGAUGAUACUAGAGAGACAAGCGGUUCCACGGCUUAAUACACCUCCACCUUUGUCUACAACUUCUGCCACCACUCAAGAGCAAAAGAUUGCAGCUCCUAAGCCACUUCGCAUUUCUCCUAAUCUAGUCAACCACAUCGAAGAUUUACCUCAGCCGUGGACUCGUUCACCUACCAAGUCUAAAAUGGAACCUGUUUUAGCGACAUGGCAUUUUAUCACACCAGAUCCUCUCCUAUCUGAUGGAUCUUCUGCCACUGGUCCUCAUUCUUCGGCGGAUGCCCAGCUACUUGCCCCAAUGCCCGACUCAUAUGAUUUAGAUAGAGGACUGCUUCUAGCUGUACAAGCAAUACAAGCGUUGUUGGAGAAUAAGGGACCUCCAGUGAUAGUAGGAAUUGGCGGUCCCAGUGGAUCAGGAAAAACGAGUUUGGCUCGUAAGAUGGCAAACAUAGUUGGUUGUGAAGUCAUCUCACUUGAGAGCUACUAUAAAUCUGAACAAAUGAAGGAUUUUAAGUACGAUGACUUCAGCUCUCUUGAUCUGGCUUUACUGUCAAAAAACAUUGACGAUGUAAAGCAUAGCAGAAGAACAAAGGUGCCUGUAUUUGAUUUGGAGACUGGUUCUCGAAGUGGUCUCAAAGAGCUCGAAGUAUCUGAAGAUUGUGCUGUGAUAAUUUUUGAAGGUGUCUACGCUUUGCAUCCUGAUAUCAGAAAGCAUCUUGACUUAUGGAUUGCUGUUGUCGGAGGGGUGCAUUCGCAUCUGAUUUCUCGGGUUCAGCGAGACAAAAAACGAGUCGGAUGCUUCGUGUCCCAAGAUGAAAUUAUGAUGACUGUGUUUCCAAUGUUCCAGCAGCAUAUCGAACCACAUCUUGUUGAAGCUCAUCUGAAGAUCAGAAAUGACUUUGACCCAGUGCUAUCACCUGAGAGCUCAUUGUUUGUGUUGAAAAGUAACAAGCAAGUUGCUUAUCAAGAUAUUCUAAAAAUUCUGGAUGCAACUAAGAUAUGCAGUUCAGUUCAGAACUUCAUUGACAUUUAUCUACGGCUGUCUGGAAUACCUGCCAAUGGUCAGUUGACAGAGAGUGAUUGUAUAAGAGUCCGGAUAUGUGAGGGUAGAUUCGCCCUGCUUAUUCGAGAGCCUAUUACAGAAGGUGACUUUAUUAUUCAGCCAAAAGUGGAUUUUGAUAUCAGCAUAAAUACAGUAGCGGGUCUUCUUAAUCUUGGGUAUCAAGCUGUGGCAUAUAUUGAGGCUUCUGCCUAUAUUUACCAAGACGGAAAGAUUCUUAUUGAAAUGGAUCAUCUCCAAGAUGUUCCAAAUCCUUAUCUUCAAAUCAAGGCGGUAAACAAAGAAACAGUAGUAGCUGCUGGUUCAACUCUUAAGUUGGAUGGUUCAUAUACCACAAAGAGUUAUCUAGAGAUAAUUCUGGAAAGUUUACCUGCUGUGGAAAGGAGUUCUAGGGGAAUUCAUUCUCAGCAAGCUGCAAGAUUGCAAGAACUUGUUGAAUAUAUAUUGUCUCAGGGUAGCCGUUCUUCCUCAGAAUCGUCACAAAGUAGGGGUGCUUCUCCACUAGAAGGCGUUAUUGAAGACAUGCAGUCGAGAAUUAAACGUCUUGAAAGAUUGCAUGCAAUUAACACUGUGCUUUGGACGUUUCUAAUGUCUGCGUUUCUCGGGUAUUCGCUCUACCAAAGGAAGCGACAAUGAUAGCGCAGAAGAACACAUAUUCCAGCCAUGCUAGGUUCACUUAUAAGGGCCAUUCACAGUUCCGAAUUUCCCCUCCACAGCUGAAAAGCUUUCGCAGUAAUAAACUAAUAAUUGAUACUUCUAACCCUCAAAAAUGAAGGGCAUGAAUUUUAUUAUUGCUAUACAUAUUUUUCCCUCUAUAGGAAAUGAAUUGGACAAAGCCUACAGUAAACAGUUGGGGAAGGUUCUGUAAACAAACACGAUAAUAUUUCACCCCUCUAACAGUGAAGAGACCAUUCAUUUGUGAAUAAUCUGAUUUUCUUGGCA